AUGGAGAGCGCACGGAACGGCUCGGACUCGGAUUACUGGAGCCACGUCCCGGUGUUUUAUAAAAACACGAGUCUGUGCCGGAACUUCACGGACACGAACGGCUCUUCUCUGGGCUGCGGCUCCGAGCCGAGUGGACAGAGUGACCUGGACGACGACACCAACCCCGUGAUCAUCGCCAUCGUGAUCACGGCGCUCUACUCCAUCGUGUGCGUGGUGGGGCUCGUGGGGAACGUGCUGGUCAUGUACAUUAUUGUCAGAUACACCAAAAUGAAAACUGCCACAAACAUCUACAUCUUUAACCUGGCGCUGGCCGACGCCCUGGUGACGAGCACGCUGCCGUUCCAGAGCGUCAACUACCUGAUGGGCACCUGGCCUUUCGGGGACAUCCUGUGUAAAAUGGUCAUGUCCAUCGACUAUUACAACAUGUUCACGUCCAUCUUCACCCUGACCACCAUGAGCAUCGACCGCUACGUCGCCGUGUGUCACCCCGUCAAAGCGCUCGACUUCAGGACGCCGCGCAACGCCAAGAUCGUCAACAUCUGCAACUGGAUCCUGUCGUCUGCAAUCGGUUUGCCCGUGAUGUUCAAGGCCCGGACUCUGCCCACACCCAAGGACAGUGUGGACUGCGCUCUGGAGUUCCCUCACCCGUCCUGGUACUGGGACACGCUGAUGAAGAUCUGCGUCUUCAUCUUCGCCUUCAUCAUGCCCGUCCUCAUCAUCACCGUGUGCUAUGGCCUCAUGAUCCUGCGUCUGAAGAGCGUGCGCAUGCUGUCGGGAUCUCAGGAGAAGGACAGGAACUUACGUCGGAUCACGCGCAUGGUCCUGGUGGUGGUGGCCAUCUUCAUCGUGUGCUGGACGCCCAUUCACAUCUUCGUCAUCAUCACUGCUCUGGUGACCAUCCCCAACUCCACGCUCCAGUCUAUUACCUGGCACUUCUGCAUCGCCCUGGGCUACACGAACAGCAGUCUGAACCCGGUGCUUUACGGAUACCUGGACGAGAACUUCAAGAGGUGUUUCAGAGAGUUCUGCACGCCCAGUCCGUCCGUCCUGGAGAUGCAGAACUCGUCCAGGACCGGAGCCAACAGCCGCAAGAUCCCCCAGCGCGAGCACAACACCGCCCACACCGCGGAGAGGUCCAAUCAGCAGGUAUGACUAGCCUUGGAGGGGUCGUCAGUGGGCACGCGCUGCUGCAGUGGUGCCGCUGUGACCCCCGACGACCUCCACUCUGAGAUCACCCAGGUCAC